AUGGUCGCAGUCUGGGUCACCUCCCUGCGCAGCUCUCCCAACAGCUGCUUUGGGUGGGGCUGCUCCAUACACAGAGACAAAGGGGCAGGGAGCCACGCUGCCCAGCGUGGGGGGUGUUCAACAUGGGGGUCAAGGGCCCAGGUGCUCGUGCCGCUGCUGCUCACCAAUGGCUUCAGCGUGGAGGCGCCAUUGGGCCGCACGCGUGGCAAGGCCGAGCAGCUGGUGGCCGAGGUGCGCGUCCCCUUCUCCAGCAGCAACUGCAUGGUCGGCAUACCGCUCCACCAGCUCGGAGACCUCAUGCGCAUCUUCAACCCGCCCGAGCUCAGCUGUCAGAUCGCGGUCAAGACCCUGGGAUGAGCUCCCACUCGAGAGUGGUCCUCCCCUGGCUGCUGUUUGUGCUGCUACUGGGCUGUUUAGGAUCAGUAGAGUGGACUGCUUCUUCAUAAUAAAGGUUUUUGGGUUAGAUCGCGUUAUUUAUAAAUGUCGCAAC